UGCAGCGGGAACAUCCUCCCCCGGCUGAAGAGCGAUAGUUAUCUUGCAUCGUACCCUUACGCUGACAGACUAUCCAAACAAUGGCAGCCAUAUCCACCUUGCAUCCAUCCAAGACUCUGUUCUCCAGCCUGCGAGAAUUAUUGCCUAUCGCUCAUCUUCAGCUGUUUGACCUACAGCCUGCUUCACGAAAAGAUGUCUAAAGACGAGAUCGCAGGUUCCGUGCGAUGAACACCACAGAUCCUUAACGUCUUUUUGCUCCUCCAUUCCUUUUCGAUCCCUUACCGUUAGAGGCAUAGAACAUUUCUCGACAGUUUUCUAACGACAAGCGGUUUAGGCAGUCGCCUCAUACCCACCCCUCACUUCGACGAUGGACACAAUACGACGAUCUGUCGCUCCAAACGACGGGAAUCAUCCUGAAACUCUUUCAGCUCAGGGUUCGUCCCCAAGUACUGUCGACGCGUGGUCUAUCUCUUCCGCCUAUGGUCUCUCUAGCGAAAUUAGUUACGACCCAGGGUUCGGCACUCGAGAGAAUCCGCGAUCUCAACUCCACGAUAGCUCGAUAUCAACACCGGCAACUUAUCCAAAACACCAACGUAGCGAAGUCUGGGGCCCAGAAAACGAUGGAACAGAUGCCGCCUAUCCGCUCAUUGAUAUUCUGCGAGACCAUAAGCCCCAUGCCGAGCCAACGUCUACUGUCUUCGAUGGACGGUCGGACAGUGUAGAAGCGUUGAAAGGAAGCGAACCAGAGCCUUCAGUACGUCGAGUGUUGCGGACGCCGCCUUGGCUUCGAAAGAUCUCUUUACUCGGAUUUGCCUUUCUGUUCACUGCCCUCUGGAUUGCACUUGUAAUUCUAGUCCGGUACGACAUCGCGAACUCGGGAUUCAUCAUCACGGCAACAUCCAGCAGGUUUUCCUGGACCUACGGGCCCACCGCUGUUUUUGUGGUCAUUACGGGCCUCUGGAGGCAAGUCGACUACCAUAGCAAGAUGCAUCAGCCAUGGCAGCAAAUGGCCAAAGGUCCAACCCCGGCAUCCAAGAGUAUCCUGCUGGAUUACAUCUCCCCAAUCCUCUCGACGGGGCUGUUCAGGUCGUUCCGAAACGGACAUUGGAUAGCAGCAGCCGCGAUGACAGCCAUCAGGAUGUCUGGGCCGCUCCCAAUACAAAUGAAUUCAGCUUUUGAUGGAUCGCCUUUCUGGAAGACCACAAACUGGUCUUUGAGUAAUAGGACAGACAUCAUUGUCUUUGGAAAUGUUACAUACUCGAGCUAUUCGUUUAGCAACAUCUCUUCAGUCUCAGCAGUAAGGUAUCUACAGUUGCUCCAAGGGCAGAUUUCGGAACCUGUUGGAACGCAAGAGGGAAUUGUCUUUCAAGACGCAUCUAUCACUGAAAUACCGGGUAUUAGUGACAUCGAGCAAGUUUCCGCCGAUGUUGACUCUAUCAUUCCACACGUGAGCUGCGAAGAACCGGACAUCACCGUUUUCGACAAGAUGGAUGGCAACAUCACUGAGUUCAGCGGAGCGGUGGAGGUACAGAUACCAUCUUGUGGAAACACAAGGAUCCUUCUCAACACUUGUGCUGAUAACAGUGAGAGUUGCCUUGGCACUUUGACGACGUACAACAUGUACAGGGCGUACUGCUCCGACACAGGGAGAUCCGACGGACCUCAAGCCGAUCUUCGUCUGCUCCUCAUAGCGAGUAACAUCACGCAAUGGAACAAGCCUGGAACCGACCCUUCUAACUACGAUUACACAACCGCGAUGGCCAAUAUCACAGCAGUGUCUUGCAAAGUCUCAUACACCCUGGGAAAGAGCAUUCUUACUAUGGGUACUGACAAAAACGAAACCCACAUUCAGCCUAAAGAACCACUUGACGCCGAGAAACAACUCACCGGAUUGACAAACCAACAGCUGACCGAGUUGCUGUACUCUGUUCUUGUUGCCGCCAACACAACUAUGGAUGGACCACGUCGAGAUUUUGGCAACUCCGCUCGAAAGUAUACUUUGGGCAAUGAUACGGCAGGUUCGGCCGCCAUGUUCGAACUCAUGAGCCAUACAAUACGAGACCUCCCAGCUGAGUAUUACAAAUUCUUCGAAGUGGACACCAUGACUAAAUCUGCGGCGUCUGUAAUCAGUCAACUUGCUGUAAAUUUUGUCAAAGAAUCUUUCAUGGUCGCAACACAUGGGACAGCUUCUGCUGAAGGCACAUACACUCAAGAGAGACUUAGAUUCCGACCGUUAUCUUUGUGGGUCAUGGUGGUCAGCCUGAUCGUGCUAAGUCUACUCGCACUGGGCAUCAUCAUUGUCUUUACCCCCUCCGUUUCGCAGGAUCCUAGUCUCCUUGCUUCAAAUGCUGCUCUUCUCGCUAGAAGCCCAUCGUUUGACACCAUCUUGGUCCCUCUCGGAGAAUGUAGAACCAGCCAGAUAUCCUACGAGCUAUCUCGACACAGGUUCUCUACAGACUUUGAUGGCUCAAAAUUCCAAAUACAAGCCCGCGAGAUACUUCUAGCUGAUGAGAGUUUCAUACGCAAGCCGAAACGAAAACAGAGCAGCUGGAUGCCCAUGACAGCGCGUGCCUACUUUGUGAUAGCCACGUUUACACUACCGCUAGUCACCAUCAUCGCGCUCGAAGUUGCGUAUCGUCAAUCGGUGAAGAAUAAAGGGUUCACAGUUCGGGACAUGUUCUGGGCGCUUUAUGGAACUCAGUACAGCUCAGCUCUUAUCAUGUUGGCCAUCGCCAGUAUUUUCAACAGCCUUGACUUCACAAUCACGACCUUUUCGACCUUCAGUUUCAUGAGAGCCCGAGCUGUUCCCUCAUAUCAAGGAAUAACGAAUAAUCCGAUGCGAGAAUUAACCCCUAUUGCCUUUUACAAGGCGCUCGAACGAGGUCAUUUUGGACUAUCCUCUUCCAUCCUUGCCGCCUUGAUCGGCAGCGUUCUAUCGAUUGUUGUUUCCAAUUUAUGGGCCGAAAAGCUGUUCACCACGAAUAUCAACUUCAAUACCCAGCUCAAAACGACAUGGAAUUUGAACUGGACUGACAGUGCUGUUAACGACGGUGGUGCAGCGAGGCUUCUAAACGAUGUGCGACUGAACAAGGCGCAAAGCCCGGACUCGGCGACAUGGGAUGAUCUGGUAUUUCCACUGUUCGACGCCAUAGUCUCACCU